AUGACAAGGGACACAACUAUCAAAUAAGUGUUGGAAGAAGAUGGCUGCCUCCUUGAGCACUGUUAGGUCGGGCAUUGUUUACAUUAAAUUAUAGGUCAAAUCUAUAUGAAAUUAUCGCAAUAGAGACCUUAAUUUGAUUUUUAUAGUGUUUUAAUCAACUUAUACAAAGUUAUAGGAAUGUAGUCUUUGAGUGACCAUUCUCGAUGCUUUAAAAAAAAGCUAAAUUCAAUUACAUGUCAAUGAUUCACGCCAAUUUACUAUAUUAAUAUUAUUAAUAUCAAUAAUUUGUUGUUUUGUUAUAUUUAUUCCUUCGCUGUCGCAUGCCAAAAUGACCAAGGCAGGCAAUAUUUUCUAUAUUCGACUUUGAGUAGUAGUAGUAGGCUUGACUGGAUAAGUAUUUUGUUUAAAGUGAAGGUGAGUUGCUAAAUUCAUCAGCCUCACUCUCUCUCUCCUCCUUGCUUAUUUCCAAUGGCUGGAAAUAGAGAAGACUAGACAAGUUUGCAGCAGACAGGAGAUGACCAGCAGCAGUGUUUAUUUAAAACUUAUCCUAAUACUAAUACUAAUAAAUUAUUAGUAAUAAUACAUGUCCAAGGAGUUGUCAGAAUUUUCAUUGUGCUAAUUUCAUAGUCAUACUGCAUAUGCGACUCCAUCACUGGGUUUGAUUUAAGAGUUGCCAUUUGAGCUAUGAUGUUUUAAGGUUUGAGCUUGUUUGGCCUUUUUAAACUCUUUCUUUCCACCCUCAUAUGCAUUGGGUUCUUAGCAUAAUUUUAUGUUGUAACAAGUGACCCUUUGUUCUGUGGAUUCAGUCUGCUUCAUGUUGACCUGUAACUGUAAGGUAGCAUUUGACUGAGUUGAUGACACAGAGCUACAACUCUGGUAUGCUGGGUCGAGGGAGUGGGGGUGAGUUAUGCAGUUAUGGCAUGGGGAAAUAAGAAAUGUGAUUUAAAAAACAAGCUUACCUCAUGCGCUCAUUAUAACCAUCGGUACCAACAGAAUGGGAUAGGGUAAGGUAUAGAAGCCGAGACUUAUCAGCAAUGAGACUGAUCAAUGGACGGCAAGCAGUUGUUAAAUUCUUCUAUUUUUAGUUUUAUGCGUGGGUAAAAGUAAAAGUCACUAUAUUUGAGAUAUGCUAAGCAUUCAUAGUUUUUAAAAAUUCUUCCUUUGAGGAUAAUUUAUAUAUUAGAUUUUUCACCCUAAAAAGUAGAAAAUAAAAACAUUUUAAAAAAACUUUCUUUUGAAAACGAGUUUAAAUAGCACUGAAAAGUAAAAAGACUGUGCAAAACAUAUUUUCAACAUUUUAAAAAAAAAAAAAUCAGCUUUUUCUACAUUUAAAUGGAAUCUAUUGCUUCAUAGAGUGGCUUACUACCUCUGCACAUGCUUUCUUUCUGUAGUAAAUUUUAAGAAAAUUAUUUUCAACUUUUAGUGCUUUUAAACUCGACUUCGAAUAAAAGUAUUUGAAAAACAUUUGUGACAGGAUCUUGUAGUUGAUGAAUAAAUUUUUAGCAUUUCUCAAAGGUGCACAGUGCCCUACUUGAAGUUAAAGUGAGGUGAAGACUACCAAUAUUUUUCUUUCAUUAAAACUAAGUCUGCAAAGAAUGACUUGACAUCCAAAUAUUUUAACUGUUAUGCCCUAAACUCAAAUUAAAUAAACACGCAUUCUAUUUAUUGCUAAACCGGACCUGACUAUGAAAGGGGUGUUGCCAUUAUGAAAGGGGUGUUGUGUACACACACAGAAGUAAGGCUGAGCUUGUCAUGUUGAUAACCUUGCGUUGAUGAGGAUAGAAACUAUAGGAGUAGGCCUAACGCUAUUAAAUUUUCACCAGAGCACAUCAAUAUAUGCUGAAUGUAAAAGAUGAAAUGGCCUUGUCUUAAAUAUUGAGUUAAUCUAUGUGGUGAAAGAUGUCUACUUUUGACCAAGGAUUUUCCAAAAGUUGAGUUGAUUGUGAAACAGAAAAAAAAUGAUAGUAAACUAGGUCAAUUUGUUCUCUGAAGUGAUAAGGCUGAGUCAGAGUACACAUUUAAGAAAAAAUUGUAAUUUUAUGAAUAAUUUAUCACUAUCCUUCAAAAAUUGAAAACUGACAUUAUUUUCUUGCCCUGACACCCAGUUCUGAUACAAAUUUAAUAGUAGUCUCCCUUGCUUUGCUGAAGUGCCAAGACAAUAGGACAGUAGAACCUUAACUAAAAACUUGUUGUUGUGGACUUAAAGAAAUCCAAAAAAUGAUUCGAAAUAAUAGAAAAGACAUUGAUUGCAUGUUAUUCAAAACAGUGAUAAUUAAUUGAAAAAAAAGUAAUGCAAAUUCAAAUGAUGAUUUCGACUUUUUAUUUUUGUGUGUGAUCAGUUCAGGUUUUUGUGUUUCUGUACACUACUGUACAAGUUUUUGAGAAUUUUUUUUGGGUGCAUUAUUUGAUCCCGCAGGUUUGCAUAUAUGGAUUUUUUUUAUAAAUUUGCAUCCUUCCAUCUAUGUUAGGCGAUGGAGUAGCUAUAUAGUUUUACACUUUGACCAGUGGCUCACUAGGCCAAUCGUUGAAAGGCAAUCACGGCCCCAUCUCUCGCAGGAGAAUGUUGAAACCCGGUAAAUUCUUGAUUUUCGAAUUGUUCUUUUUGAUUCGAGGCCCUCGUUUCGAGUAACUUCUGUCUUUUUCACUCCUCCAAACACUGCUGUACGCCAGUUGGAGCGAUGUUCGGCAAUGAACUCCCAUUCGUUUGUUUCAAUAUUGGCUUCCCUCAUGCUUCGUUUGCAAACAUCAAUAAAUCUCAGGCGCGGUCGUCCAAUAUGUCUUGUCCCCUCUGCCAACUUUCCAUACAGCAGAAUCUUUGGGAUACGUCCUUCCUCCAUUCUUUGUACAUGAUCUAACCAGCGAAGUUUUAUAACGUAAUUAAAAAUGUGUUACUGGACCAGCAGCAAUAUUAAAAAGUAACUGCCAAAAACCAUAUUUUAAAUACUUAUAAAUAAAUGAGGCCAGUAAAAAAAAUGGCUUAGGCUACUUGGUAAAUUUUUUGUUUGUUUCAGUUUCAUUCUGAAGUUAUUGAAUUCAUUUCAAUGGACACAAAAAAGUAAUUGACUUUGUAAUUUGCUGUGUCACUGUACAUGAUCAUAACAAACAUGGUCUGAAACAGAAAUUAUCCAUUCCCAAAUAAUAUGCUGCUAGAAACAGCUUUAUUAUUUAUUGUCUUUUCUUUCAGGCUCUUGAAUGUUAUCAAGAAAAAUCCACAUCAAAUCAGCCUAUUUGACCUGACAUCCAUGUUAUCAUGUAUAAGGAAUAAUUCGAAUACAGCCUCAAUCACUCGUGCAAAAAGGGCGUGUUUCCAAAGAACAUAUCCAACACUUCUUGUGUUUCCAGAUGGCAGCACCAUAAAUAUACGCUACAAAGAGCCUAGAAGACUCAUUAAGGUAAUUAAACAUUUUCAUCCAGAACGCAAGUCUUGUAAAACCCUUAUAUGCCUUAUAUGUUGGCAGAGGGGACAAGACAUAUGCCCAGAACAGGGUAACAAUAUAGAUUUUUAUGCACAAAAAUUGGUAAAAAAAUCAAAUGAUAAUAAAAGGAAUUUUUUACAUACCAUAAUAUGGAUGUUGUAAAUUUAAUAUGUUUUAAAAUUUGGCUGGUUUGUUGAAAAUUACUUAACAAAGGACUGAAAACCAGUAUAAAAGCUAACUUGUAGGCUUUUAGAAAAGAAGGAAAGUCAUUAAGAGAUUAGUCACAAUUUUAUAAUUGCUGCUCUGUUACAGUGCAUUAUUUAUUCUGGUCUUUGCCUUGAUUACUAAUUAUGUAUCUUCACACAUGCUUAUUAAAAAAAAAAUAUCUUUCAUUGUUUAUAUUUUCAGAUGCCUUUGGACUUCUCUAAGCUAACAGAUGCUGAGAAGAAAGUUAUUUUAGCUAAGAGGAAGCCUAAGCAGAAAUUGGAAGUUAUUGAAGAAUUUGACGACAAGUUUGAUUUUAAUGAUUACAGUAAAUUCUUUAAAAAGUGAUUUCAACAUUAGAAAAACUUUUUUUUAAAACUUGAUUGCUGCUGUAGCUCAGUCCAUGAGGCUGCAUAUUAAAUGUGGAUUUUUUAAUAUUUCAUUCAAGAAUUGGUUAUUUGUUUUGAUUGAAAAAGUAUUUGUUAU